AUGGCAGAUGCGCCAUUCGCCUUUCUCCCCCUGGGAGCCAUCAUACAGUCCUUCAAGGUCAAAGAUACAAACAUCGUUCUCGGGUUUCCCACCCAGGAGCAAUACGUGCAGUACAACACCCCAUACUUUGGCGAGACUAUUGGCCGCGUUGCCAACCGCAUCAAGGGCGCUCAGCUGGACAGCGUGAAUGGUAAAGUCUACCGCUUGGCCGCCAACGACGGGCCAAACACCCUGCACGGCGGCAAUGUAGGCUGGGGUAAGCGCAUCUGGAAAGGCCCGGUGCCCAUUGGCAUCAAGCACAUUCCCGGGGUGGAAGGCUUCCAGGGAGGGGAGAGUGUCGGCUUUACUCUUGUCAGCGAGGACGGAGACGAGGGCUUCCCUGGCACCGUCGAAGCCAAAGUCACUUACACGACGGGAACGCAGGUCGUCAACGGCAAGCAAGUGCUCGUUCUGGGGAUCGAGUACGAGGCCGGGCUGGUCGAUGGCGCCGACGAGACGCCAAUCAACAUGACGAAUCAUUCGUACUUUAACCUCACGGGGAACACGAAUACCGACGGGACUGUCGUCACCCUGGGUUCCAGGUUUCACCUACCCAACGAUGAAUUCUCCGUCCCUACAGGCGGCCCGACUCCUCAUGCCAGCAUUGAUACGACGAAGCCCUUCACCCUUGGAGCUGCGGAUCCCCAGAUGGACAACUGCUUUACCAAGACUACGGACCCGGCCUCCGUGCCGAUUGAUACUCGCUCACAGCCUCUUGCUCGCGAUUUGGCAGCGUACCACCCCCAGACCGGCAUCCAUCUGGAAGUUCUGAGCACGGAACCUUCUUUCCAGUUUUACACUGGGGAUUUCACGGACGUGCCAGCCGUGGAGGGGGCCUCCGCAAAGGGCGGGCGGAGUGCCUUUUGCUGUGAGCCUGGCCGCUGGGUGAAUGCCGUCAACGUUCCCGAAUGGAAGAGCAUGACCAUGUUGACGAAGGGCGCGACGUAUGGUUCCAGAAUUGUAUACAGGGCGUGGUCUGACUAG